AUGGCAUCCGAGUUGGAACCGAAGACAACCAAGGGGGACAAUGAAGUCCAUAAUGACCCACUAGCAAUGUUCUUUGACGAAAAAUUCAACCCCACAUCAUAUGUCGAUGCACUUUUCCUGUCAAUAGCUGGCUCAGAGGACAAGUUUUCCAAACAGCUGCUAACUCGACUCUCGUCAACACUGCUGGAUGUUAUAACACACCUAGAUUACCAAACAAAUGAAAUAUCUCGAGACUUGGAGGCCAAGUUCGAAGCUCUCAAGAGCCUUUCCCUGAAUUUGGCUCCAGUGCUGGAGACAGAACCAGUUGAAGUUUCGAACGACAAUACUAGACUACAAUACUACGUGUCAGCAUUGCAUAACACCGUGGAUACGUUACAGGAAGAGCUAAUCGAGGCUAAUGAACAGCUCAAGAAAGAUUCGGGUGGCCAGCUGGCAGCCGUAGAAUCGUUAAUCUUACUCAAACGGGUCAAGCAGAACAUACAACAAGUCUUAAAGGUACUUCAAAGUGCUCGUGAUAUGCUUGGACAUGACCCUUCCCUGGUCACAAUUGACCAAUUUCAACAUCUGCUUAAUCUACUUUUCGACUCCCUUAAGAACCAAUUACGUUCUAAAUCAGAAAAGGAAAUCGAGGCCACUUUAACAAGCAUUAAACAACUACGGGAGCUCUCUACCGUGUUCCAACAAUUUUCUGCAUUCGGUCCGGCUUACAACAGAUUUAUAGCAAGGCUUGAUACAGAAACCCAAAGGAAGUGA